AUGAACAGCCUAAGUACCAAAAGAAAAAAAACGACUUGCAUACAUAUAAACUCACCUUCUGAUGAAUCUUCUUCCUCUUCUUCUAGGGCUCUAGCCUCUUCCUCUUCUUUUCUUCUCUUUCUCUCUUCCUGCCAGUGCCUUACAGUUUCAGGCAUAUCACGUACUAUAAAACCGAGACAGAGUCAACACAUAUCACAUAUUAUAAAGCCAAGACAGUCAAUACAUAUCACGUACUAUAAAACCAGACCAAGACAGAGUCAACACAUAUCACAUACUAUAAAACCAAGACAAAGUCAACAUACUAUAAACAUAUCAAGUACUAUACAACCAAGACAAAGUCAACACAUAUCACAUACUAUAAACCAAGACAGAGUCAACAACACAUAUACAACAAUAAACAUAUCCAAGACAGAGUCAACACAUAUUAUGUACUAUACAACCAAGAGAGAGUCAACACAUAUCAUGUACUAUAAAACCAAGACAAAGUCAACACAUAUCACAUACUAUAAAACCAAGACAGAGUCAACACAUAUCAUGUACUAUACAACCAAGACAGAGUCAACACAUAUCACGUACUAUAAAACCAAGACAAAGUCAACACAUAUCACGUACUAUACAACCAAGACAGAGUCAACACAUAUCACGUACUAUAAAACCAAGACAGAGUCAACACAUAUCACAUACUAUACAACCAAGACAGAGUCAACACAUAUCAUGUACUAUACAACCAAGACAGAGUCAACACAUAUUAUGUACUAUAUAACCAAGACAGAGUCAACACAUAUUAUGUACUAUAAAACCAAGACAAAGUCAACACAUAUCACGUACUAUAAAGCCAAGACAGAGUCAACACAUAUCAUGUACUAUACAACCAGAGUCAACACAUAUUAUAAAACCAAGACAAAGUCAACACAUAUCACCUACUAUACAACCAAGACAGAGUCAACACAUAUCAUGUACUAUACAACCAAGACAGAGUCAACACAUAUCACGUACUAUAAAACCAAGACAAAGUCAACACACAUCACGUACUAUAAAACCAAGACAAAGUCAACACACAUCACGUACUAUAAAACCAAGACAAAGUCAACACACAUCACGUACUAUACAACCAAGACAGAGUCAACACAUAUGUACUAUAAAACCAAGACAAAGUCAACACAUAUCAUGUACUAUAAAACCAAGACAAAGUCAACACAUAUCAUGUACUAUAAAACCAAGACAAAGUCAACACAUAUCACAUACUAUAAAACCAAGACAGAGUCAACACAUAUCACAUACUAUAAAACCAAGACAAAGUCAACACAUAUCACAUACUAUAAAACCAAGACAGAGUCAACACAUAUCACAUACUAUAAAACCAAGACAGAGUCAACACAUAUCACGUACUAUAAAACCAAGACAAAUUCAACACAUAUCACAUAUUAUAAAACCAAGACAAAGUCAACACAUAUCACCUACUAUAAAACCAAGACAAAGUCAACACAUAUCACCUACUAUAAAACCAAGACAGAGUCAACACAUAUCAUGUACUAUAAAACCAAGACAGAGUCAACACACAUCACAUAUUAUAAAACCAAGACAAAGUCAACACAUAUCACCUACUAUACAACCAAGACAGAGUCAACACAUAUCAUGUACUAUACAACCAAGACAGAGUCAACACAUAUCAUGUACUAUACAACCAGAGUCAACACAUAUUUUAAAACCAAGACAAAGUCAACACAUAUCACCUACUAUACAACCAAGACAGAGUCAACACAUAUCAUGUACUAUACAACCAAGACAGAGUCAACACAUAUCAAGUACUAUAAAACCAAGACAAAGUCAACACACAUCACGUACUAUAAAACCAAGACAAAGUCAACACACAUCAUGUACUAUAAAACCAAGACAAAGUCAACACACAUCACGUACUAUACAACCAAGACAGAGUCAACACAUAUGUACUAUAAAACCAAGACAAAGUCAACACAUAUCAUGUACUAUAAAACCAAGACAAAGUCAACACAUAUCAUGUACUAUAAAACCAAGACAAAGUCAACACAUAUCACAUACUAUAAAACCAAGACAGAGUCAACACAUACCACAUACUAUAAAACCAAGACAAAGUCAACACAUAUCACAUACUAUAAAACCAAGACAGAGUCAACACAUAUCACAUACUAUAAAACCAAGACAGAGUCAACACAUAUCACGUACUAUAAAACCAAGACAAAUUCAACACAUAUCACAUAUUAUAAAACCAAGACAAAGUCAACACAUAUCACCUACUAUAAAACUAAGACAAAGUCAACACAUAUCACCUACUAUAAAACCAAGACAGAGUCAACACAUAUCAUGUACUAUAAAACCAAGACAGAGUGA